CGUUGCCAUGGCGAGGAGGCUCUUCCCGGCGGCCUGGCUCAGGAAGCCCUACUACAGCCAGGUUCGCUUCUCUUAUAUGAGAAUGAAGUAUCUCUUCUUUUCAUGGCUAGGAGUAUUUAUUGGCAGCUGGAUUAUUUAUGUUCAGUAUUCAUCUUACACGGAACUUUGCAGAGGACAUGACUGCAAGAAAAUAAUAGUGGCGACAGACAAGGUUGCAGGAAAACUGAGUUCUACUCUCUCAUGGGUGAAGAACACUGUCAGUCAAAUGGCCAGUCAGGUGGCAAGUCCAUCUGCCUCGUUACACACUACAUCCUCCUCUACCACAGUCUCUACUCCAGCAAUGUCUCCAUCAUCACCAGCUGAGUUGAGUCCUGAUGACUUAGAGUUAUUGGCUAAACUAGAAGAACAAAACAGAUUGCUAGAGACCGACUGCAAAUCACUGCGAUCAGUAAAUGGGUCAAGAAGAAACAGCGGCUCCUCACUUGUAUCUAGUUCAUCAGCUUCUAGCAACCUCAGCCAUCUUGAAGAAGACUCCUGGAUCCUCUGGGGGCGAAUUGUAAAUGAGUGGGAAGAUGUACGCAAAAAGAAAGAGAAACAAGUUAAGGAACUUGUUCGAAAAGGGAUACCCCAUCACUUCCGAGCAAUAGUUUGGCAGCUUUUAUGUACAGCUCAAAAUAUGCCAAUUAAGGAUCAAUAUUCAGAACUCUUGAAAAUGACCUCACCUUGUGAAAAACUUAUAAGAAGGGACAUUGCUAGAACAUAUCCUGAACAUGAUUUUUUUAAAGAAAAGGACAGUCUUGGACAGGAGGUUUUAUUUAAUGUAAUGAAGGCGUAUUCUUUAGUGGAUCGUGAGGUUGGCUACUGUCAAGGAAGUGCUUUUAUUGUUGGAUUGCUGCUUAUGCAGAUGCCAGAGGAGGAAGCGUUUUGUGUGUUUGUUAAAUUGAUGCAAGAUUAUCGACUUAGAGAACUCUUCAAACCUAGUAUGGCGGAGCUGGGCCUUUGUAUGUAUCAGUUUGAAUGCAUGAUACAGGAGCAGCUGCCAGAACUUUAUGUGCAUUUCCAGUCCCAGAGUUUCCAUACCUCUAUGUAUGCAUCAUCAUGGUUUUUGACUAUUUUUCUUACUACUUUUCCAUUACCAAUUGCAACAAGAAUAUUCGAUAUCUUUAUGUCCGAGGGUUUAGAGAUUGUAUUUCGGGUUGGCUUGGCACUUCUCCAGAUGAAUCAAGUAGAAUUAAUGCAACUUGACAUGGAAGGGAUGUUACAGCAAUUUCAAAAGGUCAUUCCGCGUCAAUUCGACAGUGGGCCAGACAAGUUAAUCCAAACAGCUUACCAGGUCAAAUAUAAUGCAAAAAAGAUGAAAAAGUUAGAAAAGGAAUAUACUACUAUAAAAACAAAGGAAAUGGAAGAGCAAGUUGAAAUUAAAAGAUUACGAACAGAAAAUAGACUUUUAAAACAGCGCAUUGAUACACUAGAAAAAGAAAGUGCUUCCUUGGCAGAUAGAUUGAUACAGGGACAAGUGACAAGGGCCCAAGAGGCUGAGGAAAACUACCUCAUAAAACGGGAGCUGGCCACCAUCAAACAACAGAGUGAUGAGGCCAUUACUAAACUGGAGCAUGCUGAGAAUACCAUCAGGGAGCUCCAGCAGCAGCAGCAAUGGCAUAAAUGCAGUUCCCGCUAUAGUGAAGACUUCGUGCUGCAGUUGGAAAAAGAGUUGGUGCAAGCGAGGCUGAGUGAAGCAGAAUCCCAUUGUGCCUUGAAGGAAAUGCAAGAUAAGGUUCUUGAGAUGGAACAGAGAAAUAGUUCUUUGCCUGAUGAGAAUAAUAUUGCUAGACUUCAAGAAGAAUUGAUUGCAGUGAAGCUAAGAGAAGCUGAAGCUCUGAUGGGUCUAAAAGAACUUAGACAGCAAGUUAAAGAUUUGGAAGAACACUGGCAGCGCCAUCUAGUUCGCACCAGUGGAAGAUGGAAAGAUCCUCCUAGAAAGAACACUGUAAAUGAAUUGCAAGAUGAACUCAUGACAGUCAGACUUAGAGAAGCAGAAACUCAAGCAGAGCUGAAAGAGGUAAAACAAAGAGUGAUGGAAACAGAAACACAGAACCAGAUAAAUAGUAACCAUUUACGGAGGGCAGAACAAGAGAUUGCCAGUCUGCAAGAGAAGGUCCAGUAUCUUUCUGCACAAAACAAAGGACUUCUGGCUCAGCUUACUGAAACAAAGAGAAAGCAAGCAGAGAUUGAAUGCAAGAAUAAGGAAGAGGUGAUGGCUGUUAGACUCCGAGAAGCAGACAGCAUAGCAGCUGUGGCAGAACUCCAGCAGCAUAUCGCAGAACUAGAGAUCCAGAAAGAAGAAGGGAAAAUUCAAGGGCAGCUAAAUAAUUCUGAUUCUAGUCAGUAUAUAAGGGAACUGAAAGAUCAGAUAGCAGAGCUGAAUCAUGAGAUCAGAUGCCUAAAAGGCCCAAGAGCCUUCUCAGGCCCACACAGUUUUGAUGGGAUUCAUAUUGUGAACCAUUUGAUAGGAGAUGAUGAGUCGCUGCAUUCGUCAGAUGAAGACUUUGUAUCGAACCAUGUCCAGGAGGCUGGAGUUCACUUUCACUUGCACCGAAGGACUGGUCAAAUGGGCUUGAAUCCGAUUGUGGUAGACAGUAGUGACAGCGAAACUGAGGAUGCUACAGAUCCUGAAGCACUGGGUGGAGUCACUCAGAAGGAAAAGAACCAAAAAAGAAUGGAAUCCUAUUCUACUACUGUGUGAUCACUGUGAAUGGUGCUGGUCUUAAUUCUCUAAGAACUUGUUCUGUGAUCAAGUGAAUCAGCACUAAGCUCUUGGACAGACUGUGUCUUGUAUCUCAUCUGAUGUAUGAUGGAGUACAUCUUACUGUCUGCCUCUUAUAUUUGCCAAAUCUUUAUCCCUGACUUGCCAUUGCCACACAGUAAAUUGGGAAAAGACUAGAUGGAGGACAACUCUUUAACAGUAUUAAUUAAUAUUCCUGUACGCUUUUCAUGCUAGAAAAUGUGCACUCACAGUUUCUUCCUUCUCAAGAACCAUAUUGUAGUUCAUAAAGAUGGGGAAUCCUUGUUCUUCAGAAUAAGCUGUUCUUGUGCAAUAUUUUAAUGCUCUGUGAACAAAUGUCCUUUUUUACAUAAACAAUUUGUGAUCAAGAUGGGCGUAUCAGAUACAGCAUAUAUCCAGUUGUCUUGAGUGUCUUAUUUUUAAUUAAAAUAACUUCUAUUAUUGGAGACCCCCAAAGUUUCCAAACUAAAGCC